GAUGCGGUUCGAGCUCCGAAGUGGAUUUAAAAAGCGCACUUCGCAGGACAUUGAAUGCAAACCGUAUUUAAAAAGGAUGAAGAAAAAGUCAGAGGGACCUCGGAAUAAAAGAUCCACACUUUUUUAUUCACUGCACAUCGAUUCAAUUGAACCCUUUUGCGCAUUUUCUGUCUGAUUCAUCCUCUAGACAGAAGAGCAAGGAGGGAGUUGCGUAAUUGCGGAAGAUCAUAAAAAUCAAAUGAUUAAAAAAAAAUGACAAGAGAAAGGUUGUAUGGGGUAUCCUGUAGGAGGAGUUUUUUAGGACCAAACAACUAACGGAUUUUCCCUUAUAAAAAGGAAACUGAGCACCAAGCGUUCAAUGAGCGGCUUUAUUCAAGGAGUCAGAUGCACAGGUCCUGGUUCAAGCAAACGUGCGGUCACACUUGGACAGAAACCUGCUUCCAUCUUUUGUCAACUUGCAAACCAUCAUUUCACCACCUCAGUCUUUAACGUGGCUCGUCUUUGUGAGCUCAGACACUCACUGACAACAAAACUGCUUCAAGCAGCAGGUUCUCUGCUUGCCUUCUAGCUCCCCCCGAGCUUCAUGGGUUGACCCAAAAGAACUUUAGCACGCCUCUUUAUCCUCAGCACAACCCUGUGACCCCACCACCCACCCUUAUCCUACUGCCCUGGUCUGUUUACUCUCUCUUCUUGUGCCACCACCAGUGAGAUGGCUCAUUGUGUCCCAGGCUUGUUUGGAUGUGCAAUCAUAGCAUCACACUCCACUUUUCAGACUUGUGGAUAUAUCAGCAAGUAGAGUGAAAGAUACAGAAAGACUGGGAGGAGGGACAGAAAGAGAGAGCACAAGAAGUGCUGAGGGAGAGAAGAGGGAUAAUCCAUACCAACAGCAGAGGGAUUCACCUGUCCCACAGAGGAAGGUGGACCCCCCUACCUGAUCCAUCUGGUUGCAGGGAGGGACCUUGCAUAGCCUGGAAGGCAACAGGGACUAUGCAGCUGGGACUGGUGGCGCUGGCAAUGAUCUUUCUCAGCUCCAUGGGUCACAGCGAUGUUCUCAAGCUCUCCAAAGCAAGAAGGCAGAGACGGGUUAGCACUGAAGGGCCACCAUCUUGCCUAAAGGGCUGUGACCGGUGCUCUGAGUACAAUGGGUGUAUUAAAUGUAAUCCCAAACUCUUCAUCUUCCUGGAGCGCAAUGACAUCCGUCAGAUAGGGAUAUGCCUUGCCUCCUGUCCCAUGGGAUAUUUCGGCAUGAGGAACCCAGAAGGCAAUAACCGAUGCACCCAAUGUAAAAUAGACAAUUGUGAAGCGUGUUUCAAUCGCAAUUUUUGCACAAAAUGUAAGGAGGGCUUUUAUUCACACAGUGGCCGAUGUUACGCCAGCUGCCCUCCAGGCCAGCACACUGCCAAUGAGACCAUGGAGUGUGUCGGUCAGCAUGCUUUAGAGUGUGAACUCGGAGAAUGGAGCCAGUGGAGUUCCUGUAUGAAGAAGAACAAAACAUGUGGAUUUAAGAAAGGCUCCCAGUCCCGGGUUCGUGCACCUCUUAUGCAGAUACACAGUCUGGACACCUCCCCUGCCUCUCUACCCUCACAAACCUGUGCUCCAGAGACUCAGAGAAAGAAGUGUGUUGUUACCAAGAUGCCAUGUGUGAGAGAGAAAAAGAAAGGAGACAGACAGGAUGAUGCAAAGAGGAGGGAGAAUGUACGUGGGCGAGGACGAGAAGGCAAGGAUGGUAGAGGAGGUGGAGGGGGGAAGCGGAGGAAAGGCCAAAGCAGGACAACCACCGCUCCCAGCAUCACAACCAGCUCUGUCACCUAAAUUCAAAGGUCUGCUAGGCGAGGCUGAGAGGAAAAAAAAAAACAACAGAGACCACACCUCAGCCAGCGGCACCAGCCACAGACAGA